AUGGCUAUCUGGGACUCCAUCAGUGGUCGCAAGCAGGAUCAGACUCCCACUUUCGACCCAUCGACCGCGCAAGAUGCGACUGCCUUCCUUUCCGAGAUCGCCAUUCCCGAUCCCUCAGGACUUCAUCCCCUGGCUGGCCUGAACCAGGACACCCUCGAUUACCUCUCCCUCGAAGACACCGCCCUUGAUGAAACUCCCGGUUCCCGCUCAGUUUUGCCCUCUCGCGGCUGGUCCGACGACCUCUGCUACGGUGCUGGCACCACAUACCUGGCUGCGCUGACCAUCGGAGGUGCAUGGGGUUUGGCUGAGGGAUUGAACAAGACACCAUCUACCGCCCCUCCGAAGAUUCGUCUGAACGGUGUCCUUAACUCGAUUACCCGCCGUGGUCCGUUCCUCGGUAACUCCGCCGGCGUUGUCGCGAUGGUUUACAACGGUUUCAACUCGGCAAUCGGUUACGCGCGUGGUAAGCACGAUGCGUCGAACAGUGUCGUCGCGGGUGCAUUGAGUGGAAUGCUGUUUAAGAGUACUCGCGGUUUGAAGCCUAUGAUGAUCUCUGGCGGUAUUGUCGCUUCCAUUGCUGGCACUUGGACCGUGGCACGCAAGGCCUUAUUCUAA